GUGGUUUAGAUCCAGGAGGUGGAGGCAUGAUGGGUGACAACGAUCAAGACUUAGUAGAUCCUCGAGAGGAUUUUUCUUUCUCUCCAGGUGGUGGAGGUUCUGCUCUAGAAGCCGCAGCUGGCAGCUUAGCGGAAGCUGCGGGAGGUGGGAAGAACAAAAAGAGUGACAGGCCUUGGGUCUACACAGAUGAGGAAAAAUUGCUCACGCACACAAUGCCGAUUUCUGUUUCGCAUUGUACCAAGUAUCAAAAGCUCGACCCAAGGAUCCUAGAACCCGAAGGGCUACUGGAGGAAACGGUAGAAAACGAGGAGACUGGCACAAAGAUGGUGGCUACACAGUUGUCUGGUGCCUUGUUUGCGAAGAAUUUGAGGUACUUUGUUUGGCCGAUGCAAACUAUCCCGAAGAUGUCGAGGAAACGGCAAGCGUUGAAAAGUCCGGUCUACUUAGAUUAUGGUAAUGAUAAUUCAUCUUUGAGUACUUCUAGAGCGUCCCUGAAAAAUAUGAAAAAAAUAAAAAAAAAAGUAUGAAUCAUGUGAGUUUAUUUCUCAUCAUGAUAGUACGACUCAAGGAUGCAAUUGCAAAUCAAGGAUGAUUGAGAUCGGACAGCCCUAAUUAGAUGCGUCAGGAAAGAGACGAUACUUCACUCUGGCGAAACCCGAGGCGGACAUUUUCCGAGAUCGGCCUGCUUAUAGAGCUGAACUAGAGUAUGGAGCCAAAAUCUCUUAUCAUUAUAUAUCAUUUUUAUCACUCUUUUCCACUUGAGAAAGAGAAUCUCUUUCUCAAGUGGAAAAGAGUGAUUAUGGAAAUGAUAAUGGGUCGUUUUGCUACUUUGAUAUAGAGCCCUGUUUUCCGAUUUACUACCUAAACAACGCACUGCGGAUCCAACAAGGAGUAAACGAAGGAGCUAAGAAGUGGAAGCUCAGUAUUGAGAAGAGGGA